CAUGAGUUUGAUGGCAUGACUCCCACAUUCUACAUUCCAGAGCUGCCACGAGGUGUUAUAAAGCAACUGCCGUUCAUUUGCUCACCUGCGUUCUCAGCAUUAAGCCUCACGGCUGUCGAGAUGGCUUUUGCUCUUCGCCCUUUGAUCCUCCUUUGCGGAAUCAGUGGACUGCUGACCGGAGCUUGGUCUAAGCCUUCCAUUGCAAAGAAAGACAAUUGUUGUCCUAAAGGCUGGACUCAGUUGGAUUGUCGCUGUUUCAUCUAUCAAGAUAGCAGAAGGCAGUUUGCAGAUGCAGAGAGCAUCUGCAACAUUCUUGGUGGGAAUCUGGCCUCUGUCCACAGUGCUCUGGAAUAUUCUGUAGUUCUGGAAAUCAUUCGGGCAGCCUCUGACUCGACCGUCGAUGUUUGGCUUGGAAUCCACGAGGCAAUAGAGGAUGACGUCUUCUUUUGGACCGAUGGCUCAGAGGUUGAUUUCACUGCCUUCAACAAUGACAUGGAUCCUGGAGAUUGCAUUGAGCUUGAAUUCGAUGAUGGUCUCUGGGACAAUGACAGCUGCACUGACUUGAACAGAUUUGUUUGUGCCAGAGAGGCUGACCAAUGCAAGCACUGAAUUACCCUCCAACUCUUGUAGAAACUACAAGCAUACAAUACCUUCGCUAGAACUGGGAUUACUCUUCUCACAACAAAGUUAAUUGGUGUCUGUAAUCUUUGGUUUAUUGCAAUUCAUUACAACAGAUCAGUAUAUUCAGCUUGAUUGAUUCAGUCAAAGAAGUUUGACAAAAAAGUAAAACAAAUCGAUCAUGCAAUAAAACAUUCUGGUAUUCCAUUCAUUCCACUUUAAA